CACAACUUCAGUGGGAUAUUGUGCGACCUCCUCCAUCUCAUUCUUAGUAUCAUACACAAACCUACAUUGAUCAUCAUUCACGAGGGCUAUCCCCGUCAACACCAGCAACCAUGGCGACAAAUAUGCGAGGGCUGACGCAGUUCAUUGCGGACAUCCGGGGAGCCAGAGUUCGCGACUUGGAAGAGAAGCGUAUAAACAAGGAAAUGGCAAACAUACGAAAGAAGUUCAAAGACGGUAAUCUGGACGGCUAUCAGAAGAAGAAAUACGUCGCGAAAGUCCUGUAUACCUAUAUUCUAGGCUACAAGGUUGAUGUCGGGCAUAUGGAAGCCGUCAACUUGAUCUCAAGCCAUAAAUACAGCGAGAAACAGAUAGGGUACCUUGCCGUCACAUUGCUUAUGCAUGAAAACUCAGAUUUUCUCCGCCUUGUCAUCAAUUCUAUACGGAAAGACUUGGACGAAAAUAACGAGAUCAAUAAUUGCCUUGCCUUGCAUGCCAUCGCAAACGUCGGAGGAACAGAGAUGGCGGAAGCUCUGUGUGAAGAUGUUCAUCGGCUGCUGAUUUCACCAACUUCACAGAGUAUGGUGAAGAAGAAAGCAGCUUUGACAUUGCUACGAUUAUAUCGCAAACAUCCUGACGUUAUACCUGCGGCAGAGUGGGCUCUCCGAAUUGUUGCGAUCAUGGACGACCAAGAUCUUGGUGUUGUUCUUUGUGUGACCACCUUGGUUAUGACUUUGGCGCAAGACCAUCUAGAACCUUACGCAGUUUGCUAUCAAAAGGCUGUCGAUAGACUCAAUCGCCUUGUUGUAGAGCAUGAAUAUUCUGCAGCGUACGCAUACUACAAGGUUCCAUCCCCAUGGCUCCAAGUCAAACUUCUCCGCCUGUUGCAAUAUUAUCCUCCAUCAGAGGAUCCAACAAUACGAUCGACAUUACAUCAAGUCUUGGAGGCCGUGAUGAAUAACAGUGCCGAGCAAUCACGCAAUAUGCAGCACAACAAUGCCCAACGCGCUGUUCUUUUCGAAGCGAUCGGUCUCGCCAUUCAUUUGGACACGAACUCCCCCCUCGUCGCAACUUCGGCCGUCCUUCUAGCUCGGUUUAUCUCCUCUAAGGAAACCAACGUGCGGUAUCUGGGGUUGGAUACUUUGGCUCAUCUAGCUGCUCGAGCAGAUUCCCUGGAUGCAAUCAAAAAACACCAAGGGACUGUCAUCAACUCACUUCGAGAUAGGGAUAUCUCUGUCCGACGACGAGCUCUAGAUCUCUUGUAUAGCAUGUGCGACGUUGACAAUUCUGAAAUUAUUGUUGGCGAGCUAUUGCGGUACUUGAAGGUUGCUGACUAUGCUCUUCGGGAGGAGAUGGUGCUUAAGAUUGCCAUCUUAACGGAGAAAUAUGCCAGCUCGUAUAGAUGGUAUGUCGACACAAUUCUAGAGCUCAUCAGUGCCGCCGGAGACCAUGUUGGAGAUGAAGUGUGGUAUCGAGUCGUGCAAAUAGUGACGAAUACCGAAGACCUUCAAGCAUACGCAGCGAAAGUUGUGUUCGAGCGGUUAAAAUCCCCAGCAUCCCAUGAGAGUCUGGUGAAGGUGGGCGGAUACAUUCUUGGCGAAUAUGGCCACAUCAUUGCCAACGAAGAAGGGUACAGUCCUAUCGAUCAGCUCCAGGUUUUACAUUCCAAGUCCCAAUUCUGUGCAGCCCCUACUCGCUCUCUCUUGCUUUCCACAUACAUCAAAUGGGUGAAUGUAUUUCCCGAGAUCAAGCCUCAGCUUAUCAAUAUCUUCGAGCGUUAUCGCCAUGUGCUAGACUCAGAGCUUCAGCAACGGGCUUGCGAGUUCUACGCCCUGGCGUCUCGUCCUGACGAGGAUGAACUCCUUCAAAACGUAUGCGAAGAGAUUCCUCCAUUCCCACCGAGGGAGAGUACGCUUGUAGGCAGGCUAAACAAGAAACACGGAGCCACAGAAGAUAAGAGGACAUGGGUGCACGGAGGCAAGGACGCGAACAUGGAUCGAGAGGCAAACAAAUCUGCCAAGCAGCUACCCAUCGGGGAUAUUCCGACCAACGGGAUCCCAGCAGCCGGAGACGAGCAGGAUAUCAUGAACUCGCUCGCAGGCCUUGACAUGUCUCUAACCGGCGUUUUGGAUGGUUCAGGAGUUUCGGCGACACAUGUGCCCAAAUCUACUUUGUCUACUCCAAUUGCCGUUGGACCAAGUGUGGAACGCUGGUUCGAAAAGCUUACUUAUAGUAACGAGGGCGUUCUAUACGAAGACGUCCAGAUACAGAUUGGGAUAAAAUCUCGCUAUCAAAGUUUCACUGGACAGCUAGCCGUUUAUAUCGGCAACAAAAUAUCCGCACCAUUCACUUCCUUCACCACCACGAUCCAUGUCGAUGAGCCUGAAGCCCUUUCGGUCACCUUUGCCAAAAUGCCACCGACCACGAUUGCUCCUCGAACCCAAUCGCAACAGAUCCUCCAUGUAGAAUGCAAGAAGGUUUUCAAGGUCCCGCCGAUCUUAACGAUCUCUUUUCUUGCUGGCUCGCACCAAACAAUAGCUUUGCGAUUACCAAUCGUACUCACCAAGUUUCUCGAGCAAGUCACCCUCAGCCAAGCGAACUUUUUCGAGCGAUGGAAAUUGAUUGGAGGACCACCGCGUGAAGUUCAGAAUGUCUUCACCAUUCCACUCACUAGUACAGACCAAGUAGACCACGGUCGAUAUAGACAGGUAAUUACAGGGCAACGACUGAACAUUCUCUCGGACGUGGAUCCGAACCCGGAAAACAUCGUCAGUGCUGGCGUACUGCAUAUGUCAGUGGAUGGGAAGGUUGGGUGCUUAAUGCGAAUAGAGCCUAACAAGGAGGCAAAGGCACGUCUCCGUCUAUGUCGUAUGACUGUCAGGAGCACCUCGGAGGAUGCGGCGGGGGAAGUCCAAAGGCUCGUACAGAAGCCACUUUCCACAGCUGCUGCGUCUGGUCCUUGAUUUCAUGUCCCUGCCUGGCUUUCUUGCAUUCAACUUGUUUACAUGUAUUACUGACCAAUGAACCGAUACCCUGGAUGAG